UUUUUGGUAUCAAUUUUUUUAUUUCUGCGCGUGGUGUUUGGUGUGUUUGCGAACUAGUACUGGUUUUCGUUUUGCAUAACAACAUUAUUUUUUUAAGCAUCAACUUGACUAAGCGUUUCACAUCAAAUUGAAGCACAGCUAAUAAAAAUUUUGCCUUAUCCGGACGCUCUGUAAUUGCAAGUCAUAAAAGCUAAAAUAGAGUCGCGUUGUCUUGUUGUACAAAAAUGUGUGCUUUAUCCCUUUCUUCAACUUCCAUCCGAGUAAGUUCAGCUCCAUCUUCUUCAUUGUCGUUACCAUCAUUGGCCCAAAUCAAGUACAGUAAUUACAUCACCAUACCCUUCAUCUUCGAGGGAAAGAGUAGGCCAAAGCAUUCGACUAUCUCUUCCUAUUCAAAAGCCAAUAUAGAUGUGUGGAGGAAAACGUCGCCACAGGAAACGACGCCGUCCCACGACCACGAGCGCCAUCCGAGAAAAGGACGGCAUACCCAUUAUUUGGAUCAUAGCGUGGACAUGGAUGAACUCUUGAGGUCAAUCUGGGAGACCCAGAAUGAGGAUGAACUUUUCGCCGUUCUGUCCACCUACAAAGGUAGACAGCUUUCGAUUAGGUUCAUGGUUUUGUUGCUUUCCCGCGAGACAGACUGGCAACGGUCGCUCGCUAUCUUAGAUUGGAUUAACGACGUAGCUAUGUACACUCCUUCUGUGUUCGCUUACAAUGUUGUUUUACGUAAUGUGCUUCGUGCCAAGCAGUGGGGCAUUGCUCACGGUCUGUUUGAUGAAAUGCGUCAAAGAGCUCUGGCUCCUGAUAGAUAUACUUAUUCUACGCUUAUCACUUAUUUUGGGAAAGAGGGCAUGUUUGAUUCUGCGCUUUCUUGGCUGCAGCAAAUGGAGCAGGACCGUGUGUCUGGUGAUCUAGUUUUGUAUAGUAACUUGAUUGAGCUUUCUCGUAAGCUAUGUGAUUAUUCCAAGGCUAUCUCUAUUUUCUCAAGAUUGAAAAGGUCGGGUAUUACUCCGGACCUUGUUGCGUAUAAUUCAAUGAUUAAUGUGUUUGGGAAAGCUAAGCUCUUUCGAGAGGCUCGUCUUCUAUUGAAAGAGAUGAAGGCAGCUGGUGUCUUGCCGGAUACAGUUAGCUAUUCUACUCUCUUAACUAUGUAUGUUGAGAACCAGAAAUUUGUUGAGGCACUAUCUGUAUAUUCUGAGAUGAAGGAGGUCAGAUGCUCUCCUGAUCUUACCACAUGUAACAUUAUGAUUGAUGUUUAUGGGCAGCUGGAUAUGGCCAAGGAAGCUGAUCUCUUGUUUUGGAGCAUGAGGAAGAUGGGAAUUGAACCAAAUGUUGUUAGCUAUAAUACCCUUUUGAGGGUUUAUGGUGAGGCAGAGCUUUUCGGUGAAGCCAUCCAUCUCUUCCGAUUGAUGCAGAGAAAGGAUAUUGAGCAGAAUGUUGUAACAUACAACACUAUGAUUAAAAUUUAUGGUAAAUCCCUUGAGCAUGAAAAAGCUACAAACCUUGUGCAAGAAAUGCAAAAGAGCGGCAUUGAACCAAAUGCUAUAACAUACUCUACUAUAAUAUCAAUAUGGGGUAAGGCUGGGAAGUUGGACAGGGCCGCAAUGCUGUUUCAAAAGUUGAGGAGUUCAGGUGUUGAGAUUGAUCUGGUCCUUUAUCAGACCAUGAUUGUGGCAUAUGAGAGAGCAGGGCUGGUUGCUCAUGCUAAGCGUUUACUUCACGAGCUCAAGCGCCCAGACAACAUCCCUAGGGACACCGCUAUCACCAUCCUUGCGGGAGCUGGUAGGCUGGAAGAGGCUACUUGGGUUUUUCGUCAGGCCUGCAAUGAUGGGGAGAUAAAGGACAUAUCUGUCUAUAGUUGCAUGAUAAAUCUUUUCUCAAGAAACAAGAAGUAUACAAAUCUCAUUGAGGUAUUCGAGAAGAUGAGAGGGGCCGGAUAUUUUCCCGAUUCCAAUGUGAUUUCAUUAGUACUAAAUGCUUAUGGAAAGUUGCGGGAGUUUGAUAAAGCAGAUGUUGUAUACACAGAUAUGCAGGAUGAGGGUUGUAUUUUUCCUGAUGAAGUUCAUUUCCAGAUGCUCAGCCUUUAUGGCGCUAGAAAGGAUCUCAAUAUGGUGGAAACAUUGUUCGAGAGGCUAGAAUCUGAUCCAAACAUUAACAAAAAGGAGUUACAUCUUGUGGUUGCUGGCAUCUAUGAAAGAGCAAAUAGACUUAAUGAUGCAUCCCGGAUAAUGAACAGAUUGAAUGACAGAGGCCUUUUGAAUUCAAGAAUACUUUAAGAAACUAGUGUCAUCAUCUCACAAGAAAAUUAAGUGGAUAGAACUACUGAGACCGAGUGUGUUAAUAUUUGGGUAAAUACUUAUUUGUACCCUGUCUUUUUGAAAUAUUGAUUUUUUUUUUUUAUCGAAAUAAAGACUUGUUACUCUA